CAAAAUAUUUGUUCCCAAAAACUCAAAAGUACACACACUGACUCUGCACACAGAGAGAGUCCAAAGUCACAGAGCGAGAGAGAGUCUCUGUUUUUUGAAGCAAAAAAAAAAAAAAAACCCCAAAAAUCUCUAAUUUUGUUGUCUUCGCUUUACUAGUUCUGUCAGGAGGGGAAAAGGCAGUUGCUGCUGGAGCAUUUGCUUUGACUUAAGUUGAUUAUGGGUGAGGAGAAUACAGUGAGUGAAGCUGCAGAGGCCACGGAAAAUGGUACUAGCUUGCCAGAGAAAAAUGGUGAAGCUGUGACUGAGAAGAAAGAGGUGCAAAACGGAGUAAAAGACAUGGAAGAAGAUAAAGAUGAUGAGAAAGAUGAGAAAGCUGAGGCUGGAAAAAUGGAUGAAGAAAAGGAAAGCAAAGAGGAAAAUGGAAAUGGAAAAGCAGAGGAACCAAAAGCAGAAGCAAUGGAAGAAGAUACUAGUCCAAAUGAAAAAGAGGUGAUUGAAGAAAAGGGUGAAGCCAAAGAUGAAGUGGAGGAAAAGGGGGAUGUGACUGAGAAGGAAGAAGGCCAGGAUGAAAAGAAGGCAGCUGGUAAGGCAGGUAAGGGGUCAAAGAAGCGAGCGAGAGGGAAGAAUGCGGAAAAAGUAAAAGAGAAGACAAGGGAAGUUAAAGAGAAGAAGGAGAAGGAGCUAGAGCCAAGGACUCCUGCUAUUGACCGCCCUGUGCGUGAGAGGAAAUCAGUUGAAAGGCUGGUGGCAUCAAUUGAAAAAGAAGUUGUCAAGGAAUUCCAUAUUGAAAAGGGCCCUGGUACUGCACUGAAAGAUAUACCUAAUGUGGCAUUCAAGCUAUCAAGAAAAAGGACUGAUGACACUUUCAAACUGCUUCAUACGAUUCUCUUUGGAAGGAGGGGGAAGGCAUUUCAGGUCAAGAACAAUAUAUCCCGGUUUUCUGGUUUUGUAUGGCAUGACAAUGAGGAAAAGCAAAAGAUCAAAAUAAAAGAGAAAUUUGACAAGUGUCAUAAGGAGAAACUAGUGGAAAUCUGCGAUGUGCUUGACAUACCAGUUUCCAAGGCUUCUACAAGGAAGGAAGAUAUUGUCGCAAAACUGAUAGACUUUUUGGUGGCUCCUCACCCUACGACUACUGUGCUACUUGCAGAGAAAGAGAAGUCAAGUAAGGGCAGCAAAAAACGCAAGAGGGUGGUCAAAGGAAGUUCAUCAAGAUCUGGAGGUUCUGCUUCAAAACGUUCAGUAAAGAACCGAAAAAAUACCGAGGAUACAUUGAAAAUGGAGGAUAAAAAGAGUGCAGCUGAGGAGGAAGAUGAGUCUGAAGAAGAGGAAAAAGAAGAGGCUGAAGAAAACGAAGAGGAGGAAAAUGAAAAUGGUGUUCCAGAAAAAUCUGAGGAUGAGAUGCUUGAGCCUUCCGAAAGUGAGGAGAAAAAUGAUUCAGAAGAUGAUUCUGAAGAAGAUGUGGAGAAACCCAAAAGAAGUUCUAAAUCAUCUUCUAGAAAGAAGGAAUCUGCUGGGAAAGCUAAACCCAAGAAAAUUACAGUUUCAAAGAAAUCCAUUACACCACCCAGAAGAACACCUAAGAGAGCAUCUUCCAAACGCUCCAAGAUUGAUGAUGACAGUGAUACAAGUCCAAAGGUGUUUUCAAGGAAAAAGAAGAACGAAAAAGUAGUAAAAGAAAAGGCUUCAACUCCAUCGAAACCUGCAUCCAGGGAGAAAGCUGGGAAAAAGGUUGCUAAAGGAAAGGACAGGGCCAGAGAGGAGAAACUCAGGCCAAGUGAUGAUGAGUUGAGAGAUGCAAUAUGCGAAAUUCUUAAAGAAGUUGACUUUAAUACGGCCACCUUCACUGAUAUUCUGAAGCAACUCGCUCGGCAGUUUAGUAUGGAUCUCGCCCCAAGAAAGUCGUCCAUAAAGCUCAUGAUCCAGGAGGAGCUUACUAAACUGGCUGAUGAGGCAGAUGAUGAAGAUGAUGGAGAAGCUGAUGCCGAGAAAGAUGAAAACCAGUCUGCCGGCCAAGAGGUGGAAACCUGAACAAUAAGAUUGAACAUGACUGCAAAUGGAAAUUAGCAUAGCUGCUUAUGUUUUCCUUAAUUCCUGCCAACCUGUACCAUUUAGUCUGUCACUGCAUAAAGCUGGCUGUAAUCUAUUGUUCUUAGUUCUAUUUGCCCGAAACAAACUAGUAAUUAUUAGAGAUUAGCAGAGUACUGGAGCUGCGCUGUAGGAUUCCGGCUUGUAUACAUUAACAAAUUUUAGGAACUUUUCUGUUCUAAUAUAACUGACUUUCAGGAGACUGAGGUUCAUAUUCA